GCGGCCAGCGGGUAUAGUAGUCUGUUGGUUUGUUACCCGAGGUGCGCGUGGGCGGCCACGGGUAUAGUAGUAUGUUGGUCUGUUUGUUUGUUACCCGAGGCGCGCGUGGGCGGCCACGGGUAUAGUAGUAUGUUGGUCUGUUUGUUUGUUUGUUUGUUUGUUUGUCACAGGUAUAUCUACUCACCUGGAUGCCACAUCACUGCGUUUACAGCAUGGAUAGCCUUCACACAACAAUAUCUUGAUUUAAAUAGUGGCAGAUUUUGCUGUUAAAGCUUCUUUGUCGAGCAAAAGCUAAGAAGCUUGAAUAAGCUUGUGACUAGGUCUGCUUACCUGGAUGCUCUAGCACUGCGUUUACAGCAUGAGUAGCCUCCACACAACAAGUUAGUACUUUUGAUAGUGACAGCUUUCGGUGUUAAAGCUCCUUUGUCUAAUAAAAGCGAGCAAAAUGUAGCUUGAACAGAACUUGCACAUGCGUUACUUAUAACUGAAGUGAUCCUGUACCAAGAAAACGAUGGAACAGGGUCACUAAAGUAGAAAGCUGUAUAUAGUGUGGUUUAAUGAUAGUUAGACCGGGUUAAUAAGGAGGACCGCACCGGUUUGCACAUGCGCAGAUCAUAUUCCUACCUCGUGUAUUCUACCGUGUCUUCAGGCUCGAACUGCUGUCGAUAUCAUAGUAGCUAUGACUGACGAAACUCCCCAACCACCAGUAGUGAUCGACAAAGAAGUCGUCAAGACAGCGCUGAGGGAACUGCUGCACGACAUCCCCGCCUUUAGAGCGUUUGCUGAAAAAGCAGGGGAAUCCUCAAGGACAAGCAGAGUCCAAGACCCUCCGGGUGAGUACCACCCAGAUUAGCAAUUUUACUUGGGUAAUAAGCCUAGGUAACACAGCAGAAUGAGAAAUGAGAAAUGAGAAAUGAGAGCCACCGUGAGCGGUUGGAUGAGAGUGAGAAGAGUGAGAGUGAGAAGAGAGUGAGAGUGAGAAGAGAGAACGUGCGGGCAUGAGGGCCCACACAGUGAGCUAGAGGGGCUAGAGUACCCCCCAACGUGGUACGAGCAGAGUGCUCCAGGUAUUUGAGUCAGAACGGAAGACGUGAGCGACUUGAACCUGCCCCUUAUAGGAGGCGGUGGAGAUGGAGAGCAUGGAGAGCGUGGAGACGGAGAACGACGAGUAGUCAACCCCCCAACAGAGCUCGGGACGGCCAAACCCCAGGAACCAUCCCCAUUCGUCCUCGGGGAAGCGUUGCCUGUGGUCCCGGUCAGGCUGGUCAAGCGAAUAAUCAAGGGCGAGUUCGUGGAUAUGAGCGAGCUCCUUAAGGACAAUAUGGAGGUCCUCCGGAGGAGGAAGCAAGAGAGCGACGGGAUCCCCGCACCGUACGAGCAGAGAGCGAGCAGGAGGGAGGUCCCGGACAUACUUAGUUGGGUGCAGGCAUUUAGCCUUUAUGCGGCGGUGGUGGCAAGUCAGCACCCGAACAAAGCCAAGGAGUUGUGGGCCUAUCUGGCUAUCCUGGUGGGAGAGGCUCAGCGGUGUGGGGGACGUGGGUUCGUAGCAUACGACUCACUGUUCCGCCAGCAGAUGACGUCGUUUGAGGCAGUCGACUUCUCUAAGAUCAACCAGUCACUGUAUUCGACAACCUUUCUAGCACAAAGAGGAAGGGGAAAAUUUUGCUCAAUCUGCACGGCGUCGGAUCACGGCUUAGAAGAAUGCGCCCUGCAACCAAGCAGAGCGAUAAGAGUGAGCAACCCGGCCCCUUCGAGAGAGGAAUACCGUCCCCAGGGGUUUGAACUGCCUCGUAAGAAGCGAAGGAGGGGAGCCUGUUUUGCGUGGAAUGACGGCCGAUGCGAGGCGGAGAACUGCUCCUUCGAGCAUGUAUGCUCACGGUGUGCGGGACCUCACAAGAGAUGGUCUUGCCGCUCUCGAGGGAGUGACGAGAGGAAAAGAGAGGAUCCUGGAAAACCUCUGGCCAUCCGCUAGCUGGUGCGCGGACGAGUCGUCCGAUUGUUGUUUUGAGUAUUAUAACCAGACUGCUGACACUUAAGCCGUGAAUUCACAACCAGACUUAUUAGUGUUACUACGGUGUAUGAAUAUUAUUCCCUUGUUGUAUGGUCAAAUGAGGACCCAUACGUUGCAUAUGUGAUGAUUUUGUUACUUAAGUUGGAAAUAAGUAGGUAAGGGUCGUCACUAGGCGUUAGCGUAAUCAAAAUAAUUAUACCCGGGCCUGACAAAAAGGGCUAGCCCCAACACCCUUGAUAUAAUUAUGUUAAUGUGUAUAGGAAUGGUGGCAAUGACUGAGGGCCUCUAUCCCUAUCGUAAUGAGUUGCGAGUGUUGGAAGGAAGGAGACCCAAAGAGGGUAGCAGAGAGCUACCACCAGAGUUUGCGAAAGUAACUACCCCCUUAGUGGUCAGGGAAUGGAGGACGAGUAUGAGUCAACACCCGGACAAGUGGUAUGCCACCUACAUUGAGAGCGGCCUGCGGGAAGGUUUUAGGAUUGGCUUCCGAUAUGAGGACUGUGUCUGCACCUCAGUAAAAGCUAACAUGCACUCAGCGGUGACGAAUAGUGAGGUUAUUGACAGUUAUCUGGGAAAGGAACUUUCCAUGGGUCGGGUGCUUGGCCCCCUUGACCCACGAGUGGGGGCACAGAUGCAGGUUAGUCGGUUCGGUGUUAUCCCAAAAAACCACCAACCGGGAAAGUGGAGACUAAUUUUAGAUCUGUCACAUCCUGCGGGUGCGAGUGUGAACGAUGGUAUUGAACGGGAACUGUGUUCUUUAAAGUAUACCUCGGUGGACGAAGCAGUUCAAAGGUUUAGUGAAUUGGGAAAGGGGGCGCUGCUUGCAAAAUUGGAUUAUGAGAGUGCAUACAGGCUGAUCCCAGUUCACCCCGACGAUCGUCUGUUGUUGGGUAUGUCGUGGAAAGGGAACCUCUAUGCCGACGCUUCCCUGCCGUUCAGUUUAAGAUCGGCUCCCAAGAUUUUUAACGCCGUAGCAGAUGCUUUAAUGUGGAUUAUGGGCCAGCAGGGGACCCGAGCCAUUCACUAUUUGGACGACUAUUUAUUGUUUGGUGCCCCCAACACCCCUGAAUGCCAGCUGGCGCUUGCUCGGACGCUAGCUACCUGUGAUCGCUUAGGGGUCCCGAUCGCCAAGCACAAAACAGAAGGCCCUGCAUGCCAGUUAACCUUCUUGGGCAUUGAACUUGACACCCAAGCGGGGGUGGUGAGACUACCACCGGAAAAACUGAUGCGUUUACAGAGAGAAAUCCGAGGUUGGUCCGAACGUAAGGCUGGUUCCAAGCGAGAGUUACUCUCUCUGAUCGGUCAGCUGCAACAUGCGUGUUGUGUGGUAAAACCGGGAAGAUCAUUUUUGAGGAGAAUGAUUUCAUUGUCCACGGUAGCCAAAGAACUGCACCAUCGGAUUCGGUUGAACGUGGGUUUCCGAUCGGACCUACAAUGGUGGGCUACCUUCUUACAAUCAUGGAACGGGGUCUCAGUUACAGGCCCACACCCAAGCCAAGCGUGGCAGGCAACCAUAACCUCGGACGCAUCAGGCAACUGGGGUUGUGGAUCCUUCUCUUUGGAGGGCCACUGGUUUCAGCUACAAUGGCCCUCUUCAUGGGCAACAGUUCAUAUAACUGUAAAAGAGCUUCUCCCAAUCAUAGUGAGCAUUGCGUUGUGGGGCAGAUCCUGGCACGGGUCUAGCGUACGUUGCAGAUGUGAUAAUGCGGCAGUGGUGGCCAUAAUUCGAUCAGGCACCUGCAAGGACGAUUUGGCUAUGCAUUUGUUGAGGUGUCUCUUUUUCUUCGUGGCCGCAUUUGACAUUAAACUGUGGAGUGUGCAUAUACCAGGGGUGUGCAACGGGGCAGCCGAUGCCCUUUCGAGAGAUAAUCAUACUUCCUUCCUGGCACAGGUCCCAUCGGCCAGGCGUCAAGCAGAUGUCAUCCCGCCAGAGAUGUUGGAGGUCCUGGUCACCAGACGCCCCGACUGGACGUCGCUAAGUUGGACAGAGCUUCUCAAAAGUAUUUCUCAAAAGGACUAGCUGAUUCCACACAGAGGACCUAUAGUUCGGGCCAGCGGCGCUAUCUGAGAUUCUGCAGAGAGAGUGGAGUCCAAGCAGUUCCUGCCUCGGAGCGCUCGUGUUGCCUCUUUGCGACCUACCUGGCCGAGGAAGGACUCACUCACAAGACUAUCAAAGUAUACCUUGCCGGGGUCAGAUUCCUGCACAUUGCGGAGAGCCAACCAGACCCUUUUGCAUCUGUGCUUCUUCGAUUGGAAUAUACCCUACGCGGUAUUAAGAGAUGCGAAGCUGCUAAGUGUCAGGGAAAAAGAGAAAGACUGCCCAUGUCCCCCCUCCUACUGAGGAAAAUGAAGGCAGUGUGGGACUCUUCCCCUGGUGGCCACGAUACGGUUAUGCUCUGGGCGGCUUGUUGCCUGGCCUUCUUUGGUUUUCUUCGUAUCGGGGAAAUGUCUGUACCCAGCGACGAUAAAUUUGACCCGUCGUGUCACUUGAUCGUCAGCGACAUAGCGAUUGACAACCCUAAGCUACCCACGGUGGUCCGGGUCACCAUCAAGCAAUCCAAAACAGACCCUUUUCGACGAGGCGUUGAUUUAUUUCUGGGUAAAACGGACUCUGAUUUGUGCCCAGUGCAGGCAAUACUGUCAUAUCUGCGGCUUCGGGGUCGGGCAGAAGGCUCCCUGUUCAAGUUUAAGGAUGGUCGUAUGCUGACCCGGUUACGGUUUGUAGAAGCCAUCCGGGCUGCUCUGUCGGCAGCAGGAGUAGAUGAGUCCAAGUACAACGGCCAUAGCUUCCGCAUUGGAGCGGUUACCACAGCAGCGGCUAAAGGUUUUGAGGAUUCGGCUAUCAAAACGCUGGGAAGAUGGCGGAGUGUGGCCUAUUUGGACUACAUAAGGACACCUAGAAGUCAGUUAGCAAAUUAUUCACGUUUAUUGUGUGCAUAAGGUCACAGUCACUGUCAAUAAUUAUCAUGAUGUGUAUGAUGUGGAGAGUCCAUGCAUCCCAGGGAGCGUACAGGUUGGGCUGAGGUGGCAUAGUUUGGGGGGCAGGCUGUGCCUUCCUUUGUGGGCCGGUUUGGGGGGAUUCCCCUAACCUUCACCUAUACCACCUGGUCAUUUCCGGUGGAGGUGGGGGUUUCCGGUCCAGCACUUUAGCCAAAACUAACACUAUCCUUUUGAUAAGUGUGACUACGUCCUAGGCCUUAACGUUCUCUCAGGAGGACCGCAGCUUA